GAUCAGGGUCACCGAUCUCGAGUGUGGUGGGACAGAAGAUUUACUACAGGGAAAGUUACCGAAGGAGCAAAAGAAAGUUGCAGAACACCAUUCUGAGAAAAUGGCGACAUGUCAGAAAAACGAAGCACGCGCGGCUCUCAAAAACUCCUUGAUGACCCGGGUACCGCCGUUACUUACGGACUUAUACCAGUUCACCAUGGCGUACGCGUACUGGCGAGCGGGCAGACACCGCGAACCGGCCGUGUUCGAGCUGUUUUUCCGUGACAACCCGUUCGGCGGAGGCUUCUCACUGUUUGCGGGUCUGCACGACUGUUUAAUGUUCCUGGAGAACUUUGCGUUCUCAGAUGAAGAUGUGGAGUAUUUACGCUCUGUGCUCCCAGCAAACACUGAUCCAGAUUUCUUCUUGUAUCUGAAGGAACUGGACUGUUCAUCUGUUUCUGUCUCAGCAGUACCCGAGGGCUCAGUCGUCUUUGCCAGAGUUCCUUUGUUAGAAGUAUCAGGACCGCUGGCUGUAGUUCAACUGUUGGAGACCAGUCUGCUUUGUUUGGUUAAUUAUGCCAGUCUAGUAUGCAGUAACGCCGCUCGGUUUCGUUUAGCUGCAGGUCCCAGGCGUAGAUUAAUGGAGAUGGGUCUUAGGAGAGCUCAGGGUCCAGAUGGAGGCUUGACGGCAUCACGCUACUCAUACAUUGGAGGUUUUGAUUUGACAAGUAAUGCCCUCGCGGGUCGUUUGUUUGGAAUUCCAGUUGCAGGCACCAUAGCGCACUCUUAUGUUACUUCCUUUUCCUCUUUGGAAGAGGUGUGGCCACAGACUCUGGUUCCUGUGGGUGGUGACAGCAGUAUUGAUUUCAUCAGUCUGGUUAAGGGCUGGCUAACCUCCGUGUGUCAACUAUUGGGCUCCAAGACGAAUCUCAUCCGAGAAGGCGAACUAGCGGCGUUCCUGUCGUACGCCAUUGCUUACCCUCACAACUUCCUGCCUGUGAUUGACAGCUACAGCGUCACCUGUAGUGGUUUGCUGUGUUUCUGUGCUGUGGCAUUGGCUCUAUGUGAGCUGAAGUAUCAGCCGCUGGGUGUCAGACUGGACAGUGGAGAUCUCUGCAAGCAGUCACUGGAAGUGCGGCGAGUCUUUAAAGAAUGUAGCAAAAAAUUUUCCGUUCCUCAGUUUGAGUCUCUGGUCAUCGUCGGCUCAAACAGUGUUUCUGAACAGAGUCUCGCUGAACUCAACAAAAAAGAUAAUGAAAUUGAUGUUGUCGGGGUGGGAACUCAUCUUGUCACAUGUACAAGUCAGCCCUCUUUGGGGUGUGUAUAUAAGCUUAUAGAGGUCAGAAAUCAGCCCAGAAUGAAGAUGAGUGAAGAUCCGGAGAAGAGCACACUGCCAGGCAGAAAAUCUGUCUAUAGACUUCUGGAUGCAGAUGGUCAUCCUCAGAUGGAUCUGAUCUGUCUGUCUGAUGAAGCUGCACCGACAGCAGGAGUUUCAUUGAACUGUUAUCCUCUAGUACAGGAUACAGGAUCAGUUCUGUCAAUCACACCUGCUCAAGUUACCAGCUUACGAUUGGACGUCUUCACCUGUGGUCAGAUCACAUAUCCCAUAAGCAGUGCAUCAGAGAGUCGUGAGCAUGCUCAGAUGUCUUUACAAAGGCUGCAUCCCAAUCACAAGAGAUUACAAGGAGCGCACAAUUACACAGUGGCUUUAUCAGAGCGGCUCAACUCCCUGAUCUUUGAUAUCAGAAGAGGAAACAGUAAAGGCAGCAACUUCCUCCUGUCUAACUGAUGGAGAGAAAUGCAGUCAGGAUCUGACUUGAUAAAAGAUUAUUAUAGCUGUGAAUCUUAAAGCUAAUUAAUUCAUUGUUUUAAGAACAAAUUUGUAUUUGUAUGUACAAAUAUAUAUUAUUUUUACUGA